CCAAAAGUCCCUUCAGUUUUCACUCUUUCCACUCUGCUCCUACCUAGACUUAUUCCACAAGGCACACGCGGAAAUUUAUUCCUACAAUAAUAUGCCCAUCUAAUUGACUUUCCUAAAAUACCCCUGCCCACACCUUAAAUACCAAGAUACCAUUCUCCCUGUUAUUGCAAACUUCUUUUUCUCACCGAACUCUGUUUUUUUCCUUCUAAACAAGAAAUUCCAGAAAGAGCGAACAAUGAAAGCUGGUGGCUAUUUGUUUUCAUUCAAGAGGCUUAACAAGAAGGGUGUCGCCGGAACUGUUGGUUCUGAAGUUGGUAGCGCCGGAGAUCAUCAUCAACUUCAUGAUUCCUUAACUGAUCAGCCGCGGCCGUCGUCGUUGCGGUGGCGAUUCAGGAAUUUGUCUUCUGGUUUGAGGUGGAAGCGUAAGAAGCUUUACAAAUUGAGAUACUGGAUCGUUGACUGCCUCCUCUUCAAGAUUGUUUCUGUCUUUGAAGCCAUUUUUCUCGUCUCCACCUUGGCUUUUUUCUACCUCUGCUGCGGCUGCCAUAUCUAGAUUCUUCCAUAUUAAAAAAAAUAGCCAUUUAUUAUAGAUUUUCCUCCUUUUUGAGCCUUUCUUUUUACUAAGUUGAUGGAGCAUAUUAACAGCUGGGAAGUGGAAUUCUGAAGAAAAAAAAAGUUGAUAUCUUUGUGGGGAGGGCCGGGGCAAGAGAUCGUUGGAGGAGCUCAUGGCUAAUGCAUUAAUGCUUAAUGGGGUGAAAAUUAUCAUUAGAUGACUCUUUUCUUUCUUCUAUUUUCUGGUUGAAUUUUGUUGACGUUUUGUAAUGUAUAGAGAAAGUUAAUGUACUAAUUUGCAUUACUAACUUAGAGAUUCUUUUGUAUGUAAUGUAAUCUUAAUAUCUUAUUGUUCGUUUCUUUAACUAGUAGUCCUUAGAUUUCUUCUCUUUCUUGUUAUUCUUUACUCUCUUGGCCUGUACGCAAGCCUUUUUACUUAAUUAUAUAUGGUUUUUUUU